AUGAAACAAUGCGUCCUUGUAAAUUUGACUUGUGGAAAGGUAGAGAUGCUUCGGGUUGGAAAUAAUAUAAUUGGUCGAAGUGCCAUUCCCGUUUCUGAUGGUGUCUCGUUCAUCAGUUUAGAGUCUCCUCGAGCUGCAGUUAGUCGAAUGCAAGCAGUAAUUGAGGUGGCAAAAAAUGGAGAUGCUUGGUUGAGAGAUUGUAAUAGUACCAAUGGAACUUUUGCAGCAGUUGGUGGAGGGAUUGGUAUUCGUCUUGAACCGGAACGUUUCUAUCAACUUAAACCGGGAACUCGCAUUACCUUUGGAGAUGUAGAAAUGCUAUUUGAUUGUAAUAGUCUUUCACAAAUUGAAACACAGGUUCAGAAAAACGGUAUACUACAUCCUACACCGUGUUCGCCGAGCACAACGUGUACAACAACUCCAAUUGGACCAUGUACCGAACUUCUACAUGGUAGUGGUACCUCUCCUGUUGCUCCUACCAAAACUAUUAGCAGAACCAUAGAUGAAAAUACAAGAGAAGAGGAGUUAGUGAAAGAGGGAGCUACCCCAACAGUAUCUAACGCGAGAACAACGGUAGAAGAAAACAGACGAAUGGAUUCAUCCGAUAAGCUUCACGCAGAUAUAUCACGCGGGAGCUCUAGUGGAGGUAACGAGUCUGUUCCAUACCUUGAAGAAUCAAUUGGCACACGAAGAAAACGAGGACGUUCAGAGUGUGAUAAAAAAAUAGCACGAGCGACGGUAUCUUCUUCUCUUGCUAAUUCUCCUCCUCCUGUGCCCCCUCCUCUUCAUUACUCUUCUUCCUCUUCUUCAGCAGCGGCAGCAGCAGCAGCAACAACAACAGAAUCACAAGGAGUGACGGCAACAAUAACACCCUCUCGCUCUCUACGAUUUGCGUGCUUCUCCGGUAUGGACGGGGCGGAGCGAGCAGACGCGCAGAAGUUGGCGCGGCGACUCGGAUGGCGCGUGGCGGAAGAUAUUAUCGACGCGGAUCUUCUCGUUGUUGGCAGACCUGUUGCCCGUACACCAAAGUUUCUCAUCGCUGUUGGACGUGGUAUUCCCAUCGUAACAGAGGACUUUCUCACAGAUGGCGAAGUGUUAAACCUUAAAAAGUAUGUUCCCUCGCUAAGCCACGGGCCUCAUACAUACAGUGCAGCCGCCUUGCAAAAAGUUAUUUUCCGAAACAACAAAACUCCUUUAUUGCAGGGGUUCUCUUUUCACUUGGGUGGACUUUCACCAAAAGUGCGUAACGUUGCACGUGAAGUCAUCAUUGGCUGUGGUGGUGAUAUCCCACGGCGGCAGCAACAGAAGGACACUGUUGCACUAACGGAGGAGACUCUUGAUAGUCUCUAUGAUUCCGUUUUGCGCGGUAUUACUCCAUGA